UCAUUUUCUGGAUUUUCGUGAAAAAACAAUUAGAAGAUCGUUUACGCUUUAGCCUGGUUCGUGUCCGACUUCUCUUCUUCUUCCUCGUUGCACUUCGAUUCUCCGCUCCACCGAGCAGAAGCGCAGGGUGAAACCCUAGUCGGUGUCGCAACCCAAGGAAGCGGAUGGAGAGCUCCUCGCCGACGGUGCCGUUUCCGCUCCUCCAAACCCCUAUCGAGUCCAAUUACAGGGUUUGCACGAUCCCCUACCGCUUCCCUUCUGACAACCCCCGCAAGGCCACGCCGGUCGAGAUCCAGUGGAUCGAUGUUUUCUUGAACUCUGUUCCCUCCUUCAGGCACCGAGCAGAAAAUGACCCUACAGUUGUUGAUGCUGCAAUUAAAGCUGAAAAGUUUGCUGAGAGAUAUAUAGCUAUGCUUGAGGACAUGAAGAAAAAUCCUGAAAGCCAUGGUGGGCCACCGGAUUGCAUUCUUCUUUGUAGGCUUCGUGAACAGGUGCUUAGAGAAUUGGGAUUUAGAGAUAUCUUUAAGAAGGUUAAGGAUGAGGAGAAUGCUAAAGCUAUUUCACUUUUUGAGGGUGUUGCUCAACUGAAUGAUGCUAUUGAAGAUGAUAGUCAACGUGUGGAAAAUUUGGUUAGGGGUAUAUUGGCAGGGAACAUUUUUGACCUGGGUUCUGCUCAGUUGGCUGAGGUAUUUGCAAAAGAUGGCAUGUCCUUUUUGGCAAGUUGUCAGAACCUUGUACCUCGACCUUGGGUAAUUGAUGACUUGGAUGAAUUCAAAACGAAAUGGACUAAGAAGUCUUGGAAGAAGGCUGUUAUUUUUGUUGAUAAUUCUGGUGCUGAUGUUAUAUUGGGUAUAUUACCAUUUGCAAGAGAGUUACUUCGUCGUGGUACAACGGUAGUUCUAGCGGCAAAUGAUUUGCCCUCUAUCAAUGAUGUAACUUACCCUGAAUUGGUUGAAAUAGUCUCGAAGCUCAAGGAUCAAAAUGGGAAGCUAAUGGGAGUUGAUGCAUCUGGCCUUCUGAUUGCAAAUUCUGGAAAUGACUUGCCGGUUAUUGACCUUAGCUGUAUAUCACCGGAUCUAGCAUACCUAGCAAGUGAUGCAGACUUGGUUGUAUUGGAGGGAAUGGGAAGGGCAAUAGAGACUAACCUGUAUGCUCAGCUAAAAUGUGACUCCAUCAAGAUUGGAAUGGUUAAGCAUCCGGAGGUAGCUCAGUUUUUGGGAGGCAGGCUGUACGACUGUGUAUUCAAGUAUAACGAAGUUAUAAAUUAUUGAGGCACCUUCUGCAUUCUUUUGUUCAAUUAUUCUUAUAGUCCACUCUGUCUAUCAAUCAUCUGGAAAGAACAUUACAUGGAUAAAUAGCAGCAAACUAAUUGUAGCUUUUGGCCAAAAUUUGCAAGUAAAACGUAUGAAAGUACAAAAAUAAUUCAUUUAUAUGUAUGUUUCAACGGUUUAAAGUGUCAAAAUGAAGUUUUAGAUGGAGAUCAACCAUUUUCAUUGAUUUUUUA